AUGCUAUAUAAAAUUUGCUAAACUGUUUCAUCUUCAUUUACUAAACAUAAGGAGAGUAAUUCCUAUCUUCCAUACUGCAUCAUUAAAUAAAAAGGAGGAUGCCCUAGAAAACAGAAAUACAAGGAUUAUAAAAUUAGAGGCUUGCUAAAAUAGUAUGUAAAUUAAUACUUUUCCAAUUAAUAUUUGAAUUUUUGUGGUAAUGGUAUUGCUUCAACCAAAGAUGAAUUAUGUGAAGAUGGUAAUUAUAGAAUGUCCAUAUCUAGAUAUUACUAAGUUGUGUUUAGAAUGUUAUAAGAUUGGAUGUACUUCAAAAUAUUAUGAUGGUUGUGCAUUAGAGAGUGAAGAGAAAUAACACUUAAUUUGA